AUGUUUUUCACUGGAGCCUGGUGUUGGUUUUAUUCUCUGUAUGGCUUGAACUUCUUUUCUGUUUUAGGGAUUCUGGAGUUUAUUAGCCUGGCAGUGGGGCUGGUGAGCAUCCGUGGGGUGGACUCGGGACUCUACCUCGGCAUGAAUGAGAGAGGCGAGCUGUAUGGGUCGAAGAAGCUCACACGGGAGUGUGUUUUCCGGGAGCAGUUUGAAGAGAACUGGUACAACACGUACGCCUCGACCCUCUACAAGCACCCCGACUCGGAGAGGCAUUACUACGUGGCUCUGAACAAGGACGGCUCCCCCCGCGAGGGGUACAGGACUAAGAGACAUCAGAAAUUCACUCAUUUUUUACCCAGGCCCGUGGACCCCGCCAAAAUACCCGCCGUGUACAGAGACCUCUUCCACUACAGGUGAUGUUCCCCGCGGCCGCCCCGUAUACGUGGGCUCCCAGGCUUUUUCCCAGAGCGCUGUAUCAAUAAUCAUUCCGUCACUCCUGUAAGCGUAGACGACGUAGGAGAGCACUUACCUUGAACCCAGACACUGCUGUUCCUCCUCGUUUCGAGCGUGUAUCGAACCUGCGUUAUUUAUGGGCUGGGGGCAGGGGAAGGGAGGGAUCCCUACAUAUAAUCUUGCGUUUGCAUUCACUUUCUUUGUUGCUACAAGAGAGGCCGAACGUUCGAUGUUAAAGGAACGAGUGGGCGAGCAAACCUGAUCACCAGGGGGGCAAAGAAA